GCCGGUCACUGUGGAGCUCCCGUGCCAGCGCUCGAGCGACACAGCGCGCGCUCGAGAUUUCCUCCUUACGGACCUGAGCGAGAUUUGUCACUUUGAUUUACUCAGAUGAUUUAAAACUGAAGACGAGCUUCUUUUUUUUUUUUUCUUUUAAUUUGUGGUUCUUGUUGCUGCAGCAGCGGGACAGGCUCGGCGACACCGGGGCACAGAGAGCGAGGCUUCAGCCUGCCGUAACCCAGGACACCGGACAUUAUUCCCGCGGGAGAGGACGGUACUUUGGAUUACUUUGACACGCUGUUUGUGGCUGGAAUACAGCACAGAUAUUACUACAAUAUCCCGCCCUCCGGUUCUCAGCGUGCCGCUGUCCUCUAUGGAUAAUACGAGCCUCACUUUACGCUGAGCGGAUGCAUGCGCUUCUGUGCGCUUUGUGCAGAUUCUAGCUCCUGGUGGAGAGCACUAACCUGUAGCAGAAUAACAGAGCCAAAUAUCCAAGGAAGCAUUUAUUUAAUUUAGAACUUCUUUGUCGUUUUUUUUUUUUUUUCUUUGGACCGAGUCCUGCGCCUUUUUGAACUCAGAGAACCCUGCGCAGCCCGGAUUAGGAUCAGGAUGCAUCGCAGCUGAAAGCACGAGGACUUUGGUGUUUGGAAUCAGAUCGGACGCACCUCCGCCUCCCUCCGGGACCUGGGCAGGAGCCGAGUCGCGAUGAGCCCUGGCGGAGCGAUGUUGAUCCUGCUCCCGGCGUUGUGCCUGCUCCGCGGAGCCUCCUGGGCAGCGACCCUGGGCGGGCUGGGAGACCAAAAGAUUCUCGGCCCCGCGGAGUUCAGAGGCGUGGGCAACUUCAGUACCUUCCUGCUGGACCCCUCAUCAGGCAUGCUGUUCCUGGGCGCCAGGGACGCCAUACUGGCCGUGGACACCAACAAACUGGGCCAAGCGCCGCAGAAGAUUGUUUGGGAUGUGCCGGAGGAGAAGAGGAGGUCCUGUGUGGCAAAGGGAAAAACAGAGGUUGACUGCCACAACUACAUCCGUCUGCUGGAAUUCCUGGGCAACGGACGCAUCUACGUGUGCGGCACCUACGCCUUCGACCCCCAGUGCGCCUUCCUGGAGCUCUCCUCCUUCACCCUGGAGAGCGCCGAGGAGGGAGGGGUGAAGAUGGAGACGGGGAAGGGGAAGUGUCCCUUUGAGCCCAGCCAGCACUACACAGCUGUGAUGGCAGGUGGAACCCUAUACACAGCAGCCACCAGUAACUUCCUGGGAACGCUGUUCGACAUCUCCCGGGCAACGGGCCCGGAGCAGGAGCGCAUCCGGACUGAGCGAUCCAUCAACUGGCUGAGCGACCCGGAGUUUGUGAGCUCGGCCUUCAUAGAAGAGUCUCAAGAGAGCAACCCGACAGGGGACGACGACAAGAUCUACUUCUUCUUCACCGAAGUGGCCAAAGAGUACGACCUCUACACCAAAGUCAAAGUGCCCAGGGUGGCACGAGUCUGCAAGUCUGACGUGGGAGGGAUGAAGACUCUGCAGCGGCGUUGGACCACCUUCCUCAAGGCCGAGCUGGUGUGUGAGGACAAACCCAGCGGUCAGCGCUACAACAUCCUGACCGAUGUCUUCACCACGCAGCACACACCUGGCGACCCCGGCAGCACGCACUUCUACGGACUGUUCACCUCGCAGUGGGAGCGUGAGGAGUUAUCGGCCGUGUGUGUCUUCAGUCUCUCUGACAUCAACAAAGUGAUGGACGGUCCCUUUAAAGAGCUGAAAAAGACCUGCGAGAACUGGAUCAACCCUGAACCGGUCCCCACACCGAGGCCUGGCCAGUGUUUGAACAGCGCUCUAAAGGCUGAAGGGUUCGAGUCCUCCCUGAAACUUCCCGACAAGGUGCUGACAUUUGUGAGGGACCACCCCCUGAUGGAGAACACCGUUACGGCAGCGCCCCUGCUGGUCCGAAAGGGGAUCGCUUACACCAAGCUGGCUGUGACGCAGACGGGCAGCGGGGAGGAGCGCAGAGGAGCGGUGCUGCACCUUGGAACAGACCGCGGGGAGCUCCACCGGGUGGCAGUGGUGGGCCAGAACGCCACCUUACUGCAGGAGAUUCCUCUGUUCACCUCCCAGGAGCCCGUCAACAACAUAUUACUGCACCAGGGCCGGGCUCUGGUGGGCAGCCCUCUGUCUCUGGCUCGCGUCCAGGCUGAAGGCUGCGCUCUGUAUCCCAGCUGCGAGGUGUGCGCCAGAGCCAGAGGCCUGGGCUGUGUGUGGAGCGCAGCCGAGACAGCCUGCAGGCACACGGCAGCCGAGCCUGGUCCAGGGGAUGCGAUAGAUGAAGCCUUGAGAAAGUGUGACACAGACGGGCGUUGCAGUCCGUCCAUCAGAGAGCUGCAGGUGUCUGUGGGCCUGCGCCUCCUGUUGCCAUGUGUCCAGCUGUCUCCCAGGCCCUGCAGCUGGGAGCACCCUCCCCACAGACACACCAGGCAGCACCACUCUGACCUGGAGGUGACUGUCACAGAGGAAAGCCUCGGAAAAUACGUCUGCACAUGCCAGGAGGCGGGACCAGGUGUCAGAGACCCCACUCCCUGUCGCAGAGCGGCCUAUCAGCUGACAUUAGGAGGCCCCACUGCUGGAGGAACGGUGGCGACAGCAGGAGGUCGUCAAGUCCUGGCCGUCUACAUCCUUUUCUUCUGCGGUGGUUCACUGCUUGGUGUGUUUCUCGUCUGCUUUGUGAUGCGUCGGCGUAGCCUCAGUCGCCAGGGCCACCACCUGCCGGAUAAUUCGCUGUCAUCAGAGAAGGGGCGGGACCUGCUGGGCUCCUCGGCCACGCCACAGUCGCCCAGCAGUGCAAGCCUGAUGUCUGAGGGCUUCAGAUUGACGGAAAAACGUAAUGGGACGGCAACCUCAACCACGUCUACGACGCUCCUCAGCAACCAGGGUAAUGGCGGUCACCAUGGCAACAGCUACAGCGGCACCCUGAUCCACAGCAACCCCAGCAAUGGCCACGGGAAUUCUCUGUAUUCCUGCAACACAAGUAGCAGCGGGCUGAAGUUCACCACUGAAAUUUUAGCUGCGGACAUGCUGGAUGGAAGGACGGGGGAGAUGGAGAGGGAGAGGGGGAGGUCCGAAGGGCUGGAGAGGGAGUCGGGGGUGGGGGACGAGGUGGAUGAGGGGCUGGGGGACGGGGUAGGGGAUGGGAUGAAAGGACUAGAGGAGGAGUUGGCCAGCUUUCCCAUGUUUAAAUCACCCGCACCGUUAGCUAAGUGUGAAGAAAGUUCGAUAUGAAGAGCUGAUAUAAAGGUUCCGAUGAUUACACCAUUUAGCAUCCUCCAAAAACUGAAUGCGACUGGGAGGGAUGCAAAGUGGCUACUGCCAAAUGCCUUUGGAUGGGAGCUGUGGCAUGACGAGAGACUACAGAGAUAUAUGAGAAAUAUAUAAUGAGUUUAUGUCGAUGUGCUGAGAGAGAGAGACGAGGUGAAAAAGACUGCGAGACAGAAAACUCGUUCCAGUGUUGUCACUCAGGAUGAGAUCCACAGCUAAAUAAAUGUUUCCGAUGUAAAUACAAACUGUAAAUAGAAGCAGUCUGGAGUCGACUGUGGACGUGAAGCUGAGCGUUACAUCACGCUUUUUAAAUGUUACAAAGAAUCAAAGAUGAAAUGUCUACAUGUGUAGACAUGGAAAAGCCAUAUUGUCUUUCUCCUUAACUUCUGUUGUUGUUGUUGCAUUCUCUCCUCCUGACGGCACUGCAAAAGAAAAGUGCACUUUGAAUCUGUCAGCACCUCUCCGUCUCGCUGUUUCUAUUUCUCUCUUUGACACACCACUCAAAUCCCAGACCUUGAAGGGUCCAAAGGCACCAAAGGACUGCUGAGCCAUAGACUAACAAGUCAGACCGCACCGGUCCUGUCAGAGACUAAGGAACCGUGAAUUCACGGCGGAGCCCUCAGAUGGGCCACAGUGAGUGUGACGGGGCUGUCCCUGCCUGCACUGCCGCAGAGGUCCGGAGGAUGAUGGGGCUGAUUGUCACCUAUCAGACACGCGUCAGUGUGGAUAGCUCGAGACGCACGGCAGGUGAUCCAUCAGUGUUCACAGGCAGGCGGUUUUUCUAAAGGACGUGGGACUCAUUUCGGCCUCACAGAAUGGACUUUUCCGGACACAAAGCUACUGUCACCUUCGUUUUGUUUUGUGGAUUUCGACAUAAAAGUGUAUUGUUUUGUCAUGUUGUUUUGUAAUAAAGCCUAAAAAAAAAGGUGCUGUUAA